UCUGACGCCAUCGACUGAUGUGAAGUGUUAAAUUCUGUGGUUUUCUUUUACAGCUACAUUCAAAGCGAAAGAAAUUGCUCACAAAGAAAAGAUGUCGCAUUCAAAAAAGCGAGUUCAUCUUUUUAACUGUGAUAACACAUACAAGCUAGAGCCUGUUGAGAAAUUACUGGAGAAAUGUGGCAGCCAUGUUGAGCGUGUUGAGAAGCACUCGUUCAGACUUGCUAAAAUGUCUGAAAUGGUAGACAUAAUUCCAACCUUAGAGAUGAAUAUGGCCUUUUUCGUGGUUCAUGCACAUGAAUCUAGACUCUCGAUCAACGAAGACAAAGCUGGCAUUGGUUACGCCAAGAUAUACAGAGCUUUACUGCAAGCAACGGGAGGAGAAGUCGUCGUCGUUAUCGGGGGAGAUGACAACUAUAAAGGCGUCGACGAAGAGAAUCGAGAAGUUAUUUCACGUUGGGCGAAAAGGAAAGUUUCCUCACAGUUUAGCGAAGAGUGUCUUGAUGGUAGAAAGAGCUUCAUCUUUUCUUGGAACAAACAGCAUCGAGAGAUUCACGAACAAGCUCUACUGCAUCACUUUGACCCAAACAAGAAAGGGCAAAAGUUUGAAUAUCAGCCGGAUCAGCGAAAGGAACAACGAAAGGCAGCAACACCACCGCCGUCAAGAUCGAAAGAGGUGAUACCUCCAUUUCGUAGAUGUUGUUCUGUGUCAGGCGAACGACAAUAUGAAUCGGAGCCGCCACUUAAACCAGAAAGUUCCCUGCAUCACUGUGAAGCUGUAACUGGAGCAAGGGAGAUCAAAGAAGAGAAGAAUCUUGAUAGUAGAGCCGAGGGUGGCAAUAUUUCGAGGAACAAGGCAAACACAUCAACUGUCAUUAAUCUAGGAGCCGGGUCUGAGGAAAUCAUUCGUCCACGUAUCGGAGAAACCAUAGAAUUGUCGAUUCUUGGCUGUAAUGUGUCACGUGAGUCUGUGGAUGAUGCGAAAAAACUUUUUGCAAAAGUUCUUCCCAGCCUUCGUUUGUCAAAGGAUCCUCUUGUUGGCAACCUCCCAAUCACCGAAGUUGAAGAAUAUUUGAGGGACUAUCUCUUUAGAUUCUUUGUGUUGGUGGUGGACGGUUAUACCGUGAGGGAUGGUUGUGAUGAUCAAAGAUCAAAGGAAUUAAAGCGACUUGUAAGACUUGCAGUGGAUAAAGUCGUUGAAAAAGUCAUUAUCUUGGUUUGCAAUGGGCAAUCAACAACAAAUACAUACAAUGAGUUUAUUGGGCAAAUCAAUAAACUAGAGAAAACGUUCGUUGCGCAGGUAAACAAUGGAAAGCUGGCUAUGGAUCCAGAUAUUUUUUGCAGCCAAGUUUUGAAUCUUCCAAUGACAUGUUCUACGCCAAAUACACAGUUUAUCUCUCAAGAACAGGACGUAAACGCCGACUCGUUGUCCACAAAUUCAUAUAACUUGAGCGAAAACUAUCCUCAAGGGAAUUCCUCAGAAAGGAAAAGCAUUGAUGACAUGAGUGCUCAAAAUAGUCAGCAGCUGGUCUUGGCGACACAGUUCUCAGAAAGAUCCCCUCCUGUUGUUGUCCUAAGAAGUUUCAUUCGUCAUGGAAAGAUAUCUUAUCAGGAAGAGGACCUUCAAAUAUGCGACCCUGAAUUUCAAGUUCCGGAUGAGAUCCAAAGGAAGCUAAAGGAAUGCUCUCACAUCCCCCUACUUGGAGUAAGAAUCAUGAAGCUCAGUAAUGGGUUAGUUGAGUAUCAAGUUGAUCGAGAUUUGAAACAAUUUAAGUCGCACGAGAAAUUACAGCUUGCUUCUGAAAAAAGACUUGUAUUAAAAACUCGUGUUCACAACGGAAAGGUAUCGUUUGAAGACAAUGAUGUAAAGUAUAAAUAUGGAAAUAGCUGUAUCCCUAAAUACAUCCUCGAUAAUCUACAAAAGAAGAGGGCUGAUGGUGACUUGUACAUCGUUUUAGAUGACUCAGAUAAUUUUGAAGCUAUUGUAAAAGAAAGUGGAAAAAUGGAGCGAGCUGCUGAUACUUUCAAACAAACAAAGAAAAGAGUAGUAGAAGUAACAAAAAAAGGGUUUGAUAUUCUAUGCCAUUUUCCAAAGGACUGA